UCGGAUUAUGUUGGUAAAUGGUAAUUACAGUUGUGUUUUUUUUCGCGACAUGUUGUCCCGCCGAUCACACGCUGUCGAAAUAAAAUGCGGUGUGUCUUUCUGAGGAAUUCUUAGCGAUUAUUAAUAGUGCUUGUUGGUCGGUUUAGAAACCGGGAAUAUGGAUGUUUAUGUUGCCCGAUAAACUGUCGUUCAUCAAUCUUCGCCUCGGUCUUUAUCGACUGUAAACAGCUGUGCAAUCCUCUGUGGUCAUAAAAUAUGAUCAGCAUUCAUCGGUUCCCAGCACGAUGCCAUUUGCAUAAAAGGUCGUGUGGGCAUUCCUUUCAGCAUAAACAGCGUCCGAGUAAUUUUCGAUAUUUUGGAUAAAAAUAAUUGCCGGCGAAAGAUCAUACUUACCAACGCACCGGAAACCAAUCAAUUGGACGCCAAUAGCAGUGUGUGUUAAACUGUUUGUCCCACGAUCAUGGAUUAGUCCACGUACGUAUUUCGCCGUCCAUUGUGCAGGAUGUUAGCUGCAUGGAAAGUAUGAGUUUCCGGCCGGCUUAGUUGGAAGACCGGAAUAAAAAACCGCCCCAACACUCCGCUCUUCACCAGUGCAAUAUGAAUACGACGGCUCUUAUAUUUUUUCCCUCGACAACGUCCCAUUUCCGGUCGGACAAUGCACUAAUCAUAAACGGAACCACUGUUCCGUCCCUGCAAAUGCUGUCCAAUGCGUCCCUGUACCACGCCGCCAUGCACAACGACAGUGACGCCAAUAAGCGCUUCUAUUAUUAUGAGACGGAGCAGUUGACCUUCAUGUUCAUCUUGGCCUUUCUGGUUAUCAGCUUCAACUUCCUAGUAUUUGCCGCCCUAGGGAUUUCCAAAACCAGGACGCGAAUGGGAUUCUGGGUUCUGCAUUUAGCGCUGGCAGAUUUACUUGUGGGUUUGAUAUCUAUACCAACUGACAUCGUUUGGCAAAUGACCUAUGAAUGGUAUGCCGGCAAUGUGGGAUGCAAGGCGAUACGCUAUGCACAAGUUGUGGUUACUUUUGCCUCAAACUACGUCCUAGUCGCAUUGUCAAUUGACCGCUAUGACGCCAUCGCUAAUCCACUGACAUUCACCAGCGCAGUGCGCCGUAGCCGGUUUCUUAUUGGAUCAGCAUGGUUCUUCAGUUUUCUAUUCUCCAUUCCCAUGCUGUUUCUAUACGAGCAGGACCGAAUCGAUGGAUACCUGCAGUGUUGGAUAUCGUUUCCGUCACAGACAUACUGGCAACUCUAUUUCACCCUGGUUUCCCUAAUACUUUUCAUUAUCCCGGUGAUUAUAAUCAUCGCUUGCUUUGCCAUUGUGCUACGCACAAUAUAUGUCCGCGGACGCAAUCUGGAGUUUGAGGAAGCAAUGAACCUCAGCCGGCAAGACAGCUUCGAGGCGCAGGAUCUGGUUGGGAGUGUUCUCUACAGAAGCAAACGCCUAGCUGCAGGCAUCCCAUCCAUUGCAUCUUCGAGAUCCGAGUUUGCCAAAGGGCUCAUUCCCAGAGCUAAAAUAAAAACAACAAAAAUGGCCCUUGUCAUUGUAACGGUUUUUAUCGCAUGCUGGAGUCCUUAUUGCAUCUAUGACCUUUUGGAUGUGUACGAGCAUGUGGAAUUUGCCAAUCCGCAGACGAAAAUUGCCGUCUCCACACUAAUGCAGUCGCUCGCUCCAUUAAACUCCGUUGCCAACCCGGUCAUUUCGUGUAUUUAUCUGCGCCGGGAAAUCGUUCGCGGACUGCGCCGUAUCCACCGGACGUUGCGGCAACGCGGCAGGAAGCCGACAUCGACAACACAGCUGCGCUUCUCGCGCAAGACAUUCGGUCGCACGGUCGACAACGGAUGGACGGACAACUGUCUGGCUGUGCCGAACAAUUCGCGAAACUCAAAUUCUUUGGGUGACGAAGGUUCCAGUAACGGGAACGCGUUGGCCGCGUAUAGUCACGUUAACGGCUUAACAAUGAAAGGCUCCAGGGGAGCCUUAGUUUGACCUUUCUUGAUCUCUGUUAUGAUUGCACACCACACACGUUUAUGUCUUGCCAUCGUUAAAUUUUUGAUGCGCAUGUAACAAAUUUGUUCGUUUUUUUUGGUAGACUGUCGCGUUGACCAAAGAAAUUCCCGUUAUUUUGAUGUUUUGAUUAGCGCUGGUUGAUAGUUUGUU